AUGGCUCUCAAGCUGGAAAAGUGGCGACUCAGGCGGGUCUGGAUACUGUCCAGAAGCCCGAGGGACAAGACCAACCUGAAUAGAGUCUCCAAGUGGCGAUCUGAACUCUUGGCGGACUUGAGGAAGAAAGGCUUUCGGCAACUUUAUUUACAUUUUCACGUAAAUAAAGGCAAUCUCGCUUUUGAGUUUGAUCAGGUGCAUAUUAUAUGUCCAGUAUACGAACCAGGGACGUUUGACAACGAAACAGAAAAAUAUAUCAUUUACAAUGUAUCUAAAGUGGAGUACGAAACUUGUCGCAUAACAAAUGCAGAUCCGCGAGUAAUAGCAAUAUGUGAUAAACCUCGAAAACUAAUGUUUUUUACUAUUACUUUCCGACCAUUUACACCGCAGCCAGGUGGAUUAGAAUUCUUACCUGGAAAUGACUAUUACUUUAUUUCAACUUCAUCCAAGGACGACCUUUACCGUCGAAUUGGUGGUCGUUGUUCCACAAAUAAUAUGAAAGUUGUAUUCAAAGUGUGCUGUGCCACUGAAGAAAAAAACAAAACUUCAACGACCAGCAAAACAGUUGUUACCACUAAUAGUCCCAAUGUUGCUCCCAAUGAUGUUGGUCAUAAUAAUUUGUAUGGAAAAAGUAUGGGUCAAGGGAAUAAUAUUGGUAUAAGUGGUGUAAGCAGUGGCAUAGUGCCUCCUCCUUCUAUAUAUCCUCCUAAUGGCAACAGCGAUGUUAAUAUUAAUGGUAUUGGAACUAGUAUUAAUACAAAUCUUGAUUAGUUUAAUAGAAUUCCGAUUCAACCAAAUAUAAUUGGUAAUAAUAUUGGCACGAGCUCUGAUGGGGCAGCUAAUGUCGUAAGUAAUGGAGGAGUUUUGCCUGCACAUGGUCAUGGCAGCAUCAACAUGCUGCAACCAGGACGUGGUGGGAUAAACACACCUUAUCCAGGACAUCAUCACAUUCAAACUGGCAUCCGGAUAAAUAAUGUUCCCACUCAUCAUAGUUAUCCGACCCACAAAGGAAAUCCCAGCAGCAAUUCGAAUGG